AUGGCUAAGGUAGGCGGAAAGAACAGCAACAGUCUGGUGGUGGGUGUCAACAACAAGGUAGCUGUGAGGCCUCUGGGCCACGUGUGUGUCUGUGUGGAGGUGCUUCUCCUCCAGUUCCAAGCUCCGUCCCUCAUUUCUGUCCCUUUGCUCCCUGCAGCUGGACUGGUUUACCUUCCAGAGGCUAACAGUGCUAUCUUACCAGAGGAAACAGCCAUGGUGGAAGUCUGCCAGCCUGCAAAGAUGAUAUGUCUUGAAGGCCCCCACUUAAACCAAGGCCGGGGCAAGUGCCGUGGCUCCUUGGCUCCUGAGGAGGAGCCAGUAUCUGCCUCCCAACUGGAAGAGGAAGAGGAGGAGGAGGAGGAAGAGGAUUUGAACGCAGAUCUAACCCCAGACCCAGAGGAGGAAGACGAGGAGGAGGAGGAAGAGGAGAGUGAUCUCGGGGAUCGAGCUGUCCUCAAUGCUGUCCACAACACCCAGAGAAGUCUUCUUAACCCCCCUGGAAUCAAGGCCUCUGGUGUGUUGGGGAUGUCACCUGCUUCCUUGAACUUUCUGUGGCAGGCGCUGGACUACCUCUCUCCGGUUCCUUUCCGGACUACCUUUUCCAGUGCCAGUUCUCCAGCACGACACUUUGGACCUCGACUUCUCCCACCAGACCCGAUUCUCUUCUGCAGCCCACCAACCUCAUGGCCCCCUAGUUUCAGUCAUCUGACCCAGCUCCACCCUCGGCACCAACGGAUCUUGCAGCUGCAGCAACAUAGUCGAACACCAAGUCCCCCAGCCAAGAAGCCUUGGUCUCAGCAGCCAGACCCCUAUGUUAACCUCAUGACCCGAAAAGAGAAAGACUGGGUGGUAAAAGUACAGAUGGUUCAGCUGCAGAGUGAGAAUCCUCGCCUGGAUGACUAUUACUACCAGGAAUAUUAUCAGAAACUAGAGAAGAAGCAGACCGAUGAAGAGCUACUUGGGCGAAGGAGCAAGGUUGAAUCCCUGAAGCUGAUAACACCUUACAUUCAGAAGGCAGAGGUUUACGAGUCAGUGGUUCGCAUCGAGGGUUCCCUGGGCCAGGUAGCUGUAUCAACGUGUUUUAGCCCCCGCCGAGCUAUUGAUGCUGUACCCCAUGGAUCUCAAGACCAGGAGAUAGGAGCUGCAAGCAGUCAGAGACUUCAGGUGUUGUCCAGGAUUGAGAAGAUGUUCCUUCAGUUACUAGAGCUAGAGCAGGGCCAGAAGAAUGGGCCUCCACAGCCUUGUUACUCUGAACAUCAGCGCAACCAGAUUGAGAAGCUCUUCCAGGCCUUAAAGACCCAGGAGCAGACUAACAUGGAGGAGGCAGCAGAUGGCUUCCUGCAGGUGCUCUCCGUGAAGAAGGGGAAAGCUCUGGUGGCAAGGCUUCUCCCCUUCCUGCCCCAGGAUCGAGCUGUUAGCCUUCUCCUAGCUAUCACCCACCAUUUGCCCCUCCUAGUCAGGAGGGAUGUUGCUGAUCAGGCCCUACAAAUGUUAUUCAAACCUUUGGGCAAAUGUAUCAGUCACUUGACCUUCCAUGAGCUCCUCCAAGGACUUCAGGGGCUAAUGCUGUUUCCACCUGGCUCCUCAGAGCGACCAGUCACUGUGAUCCUUCAGAACCAGUUUGGAAUAUCUUUGCUCUAUGCCCUGCUGAGUCAUGGGGAACAGCUAUUAUCCCUGGAGUCUACCCUUAAGGAGCCCAACAGUGAUCAUUCAGCUUGGACAGACAUGGUGGUUCUGAUCGCCUGGGAGAUAGCCCAUAUGCCAACAGCCUCUCUGGCAGAACCUCUAGCCUUCCCCAGCAACCUUCUUCCUCUGUUCUGUCACCAUGUGGACAAACAAUUGGUACAGCAGCUAGGGGCGAGGAUGGAGCUUGCUUGGAUCUAUUGAUGCAGUUGUCGUGGAAUAUGUACAUGUAGGAAAAUUUUAAUCAUCAGACGCUAGCUAUGUGAGCUACGUCUACAGGGAGCCAGAGAGUCUGAGGACAUUUCCUGUGCCUUGACACAUGGGAGGACCCCAACCAGAACAUUUUCUUAAGCCUGCCUUAAAAACCUGUGUGAUAUGCCUAAAAUGGCAUGACAUGUGAGGUAAAAUUAAAGAGCUAAAAGAAUGAUGUGUUCAAACUUGUAAGUUAGGAGGUAUAAUG